AAUACAAUGACCGCUCGGAGUCUGGGUACGAAUUGCUAGCAAGGAGCUCUAAUCACCAAGCAACGUAUUAUGAUGAGCUUGGAAAAAAAAGUCUAAAGAUUACCCACGGAGUUCCACGGAAAAUGGAAACAAUGAUACAUCGUUAUAGAUGUUCCGAGGAUGAUUUUCAUCAUGCCGGCUAUCCAUCAAUUGAUUCAACCGCAAGACUUAAGUGCGAAAUGCUUUUCAUAAAACCUUCGAGAAAAUCAGUCUUCUUUUUUUCUUUCGUCUUUACAUCACUUUUAUGUGUUUCGUACUACUGGACAGGAUGUUUCGACAAAACGUUUUAUAAUUUCAAAGUAGUUUAUGAGCCUGUAGAGGAUCGACUCGGAUAUAAGCAGUGGAUUUAUAAAGGAUACAGUAAAUGGCGCUUGGCGAGAGAUUGGUGUCGUGUGCAGGGUUGGCGGGUUGACUGGCAAAACGUGACAAGGCCGUGCAAGGGCAAGAUGGCCUGGGACCAGAGAGUGGUGGGAUCACGUGAUAGGACAAGCGCGAGAAGGAGUUAUAUCAGUCGAAGCGACAUUCAACCCGCAGGACACUUCAGCCGCCUUUGGAUUCAAUCGGUAGAUAUGGACGGGCGGCGCAAAUCCUUCGGAGGGGACUCCUGGAGGGUAUGCAUCAGACAAGGACCAGCAUCCCUUGCGCCUUUGGUCUUUGACCACGAUAACGGGCUGUACGAGGUACUGGUGCUUGUCCCGGAGCCUGGGACGUACUCGGCAGAAGUGUUCCUUGACUACACGCUGUGCGACGGGAUAAGGGAGCCACCGCAACAUUGGUUCGGCAAUGGAACAGGAUUUGGCACUUAUAAUAACUUCAAUAAUAACUUUCUUGGUUACAUCGGUGACGACCACAUUAUGAAGAAGUUAAAGGACCAAGACAGCCACAACUUCACCGUACCACCCAAGACUCCUAACCCUGGUAACCAAGGCAACCACAUGUUCACCGUUGUACCACACCAUAAUCCUAACACAGGUCGGUGGCGAUUCCCAUCAGGUGAUAACAUCCAGUGCGGUCAAACAGGUCCAAAUGGCUGCCGUUGGGUAUGGGACGGGAAUGGAUACUGGAGGGGGGACAAAUGGCUCCCAUAUCAGCCAAACGAAAUUCUUGGCAGCACAACCAAAUGUAAACGGUCGGGAACGCUUUGGAUCUAUGGCGACUCACUAGCCAUGCGAUUCUCAGAAGCAAUGCGCACGCAUCCCAUUUGUACACGAAUGUUUAAACAUUGCAACUAUAGCUACAAUUGGAUAUAUGAGGUGAAGGAUAAGCGCCACCCUCGUCGAAUCCCAACGCCUUUUAACAAGACUGUGGUCCUGGAAAAGCUCCGCAGUAUCCUGGAAUUACCGGAGAUGCGUAGCCCUGACAGUAUACUGGUCUUCAGCUUGGGGAUCCAUUUCCCCAUUUCUCUGACAUUUGCCGAGUACAAAGAUCUAGUGGACUCAGCUGCGGUAAUGUUCACUAGGCUUGCGGGUAGCCCAGGAUUCCCUGCGACUGUAAUAUGGAAAAGUACGGCGGCGUUCGAGAAACAGAAGGUCACAAUGGUCCCUUGGCCCGGCAAGCAACUAAACUCCACAAUGCUUAGGUUUAUGACCACACAGCGCAACCAAUUGUUCCACAAGUAUGCCCUAAGUACAAUGUGUACGGCUGGAAUACCUGUGUUAGAUGUGUAUCCGCUGACCGCUUCGUUCGGAAAUGGGACGGUGGACUACGUGCAUUACGAAGACCGAGUGUUCUUUCCCGCCGAGACGGCUAUUGAGAUGUUUGCCGCGAUAAGCCAAAUUGUCAUCCCGCAUACGGCGAUCAGCAUCGACACCCACGUGACGCUACUAUUAAUAGUAAUGCCAGCUAUCUUGAAGCCGCAUUGCGCGCGAUCGACAUACUCAAGAAACAGGCUCAGAUUCUCGCGCCUGCGCAACGGGUGUCCCUCUGACCAGUCACGCGCCCGCGAGCAGUUCAACUUCAUGGCGAUCUGUUUGCUCUGAGAAGUGACUCGAGUUGCGUACAGACAAGGGCAGAGAAAAGUGUAGAGCACUAGAGCCAAGGAUCCGAUAGAAUACUGCCGGGAAGCUAGAUCUUGUAGUUUUACAAGCAACAGAGAAAUCCCGAUGACCGUCAAAAA